CUAUUUUUGAGUGUGAAAUUAGGUAGGAACCUAAGGUUUUGUUUUUCCAAAUGGAUCUACAUCUCACGUGAAAAAAUUCAGAAGGUGGUAAGAUCAGCAGUGUUAAGAAUUUGCCGCCUCUUUUAAAAAAGAAAAAGAAAAGAAUUUGCUCAACCAAGUAACUCUCUUCUCUAUGAUGUAAUCUCUGCAAGAACACAGGGGUAGAUUAUCCCAUCAGAUUUCCCCUCAUCUGGCAGCUCGGUUGACAAGCAGGUCUCAUUUCAUUCCCUGGUGGCAUUUGGGCCUCGGCUGCAUGGCCACAGGAUCAGGACAUUGAAGACAUUCCACACUGCUGAACUGUAGUUAUCCAGAACACUUCUAACACCAAAUGUAGGGGUAUUUUCCUCACACAUCCUAAUUCUGUGACUCUCCAGACACCAACUGGGUGUCCUACAAUUCAACUCAAUCCUGCCACUAACUACCUGGAGUUAGCGUCAGAUCCCACAAGGAAACCCUGUCAUUCAAGGAUGUGGCCGUGGACUUCACGUGGGAGGAGUGGCAGCUCCUGGCCCCUCCUCAGAAGGACCUGUACCGGGACGUGAUGCUGGAGAACUAUAGCAACCUGCUGUCCGUGGGGUAUCGGGUCAGCAAACCAGAUGCAAUGUCCAAGUUGGAACGAGGGGAAGAACCGUGGACAAUAGAAGAUGAAAUCCACAGUCAAACCUGUCCAGAAACUGGCAACGUUGGUAAUCAUCUUCAGGGUGACUGGGAAAAUCAAAGAAUGCUGAAAGGUAUAGAACAAUACCAGGAACAUAAUGCAUUUGGAAAUCCUGUUCCUCAAAGCAAAAGUCAUUUCUCUUUCAGGCAAAAUCAUGAUAUGUUUGAGUUCUAUAUAAAAACUUUGAAAUCACAUUUAAGUUUAGUCAGCCAGGGCCAAAGCUAUGAAAUUAAGAACUCUACUAAAUGUAACGGAGAUGGGAAAUCAUUUCUGCAUGGUAAGCCUGAAGAAUUUCAUUCUCCAGUUCAAUGCCCUGUAAGUGCAAAAUCCAUCAGUAGUAAGUCCCAAGUCAUUAAGCACCAAGGAACUCACAAUGCAGAGAAAGCCCACAUAUGCAGUGAAUGUGGGAAAGCCUUUGUUAAGAAGUCUCAGCUCACUGACCAUCAGAGAGUUCAUACAGGGGAGAAACCUUAUGGAUGCAGUAUGUGUGCAAAAGUAUUCUCCCGAAAGUCCAGGCUCAAUGAACAUCAGAGAAUUCACAAGAGAGAGAAAUCCUUUAUAUGCGGUGAUUGUGGAAAAGUCUUCACCAUGAAGAGCCGUCUGAUCGAACACCAGCGAACUCACACUGGAGAGAAACCUUACAUAUGCAGUGACUGUGGAAAAGGCUUCCCAGGGAAGCGUAACCUCAUUGUACAUCAGCGAAAUCAUACUGGAGAGAAAUGCUACAUAUGUAAUGAAUGCGGAAAAGGCUUCACUGGGAAGAGCAUGCUUACUAUACACCAGCGAACUCAUACAGGAGAGAAACCCUACAUCUGCAGUGAAUGUGGGAAAGGCUUUACCACAAAGCACUAUGUCAUCAUACAUCAACGAAACCAUACAGGAGAGAAACCCUACAUAUGCAAUGAAUGUGGGAAAGGUUUCACCAUGAAGAGUCGUCUGAUUGAACAUCAGCGAACUCAUACAGGAGAAAAGCCGUAUGUGUGCAAUGAAUGUGGAAAAGGCUUUCCCAGGAAGAAUAAUCUGAUUGUACAUCAGAGAAAUCAUACAGUAGAGAAAUCCUACGUAUGUGGUGAAUGUGGAAAAGGCUUCACCGUGAAGAGCAUGCUCAUCAUACAUCAACGAACUCACACUGGAGAGAAACCCUACAUCUGCAGUGAAUGUGGGAAAGGCUUCCCAUUGAAGAGUCGGCUUGUUGUGCAUCAGCGAACGCAUACGGGUGAGAAACCUUAUAGAUGCAGCGAAUGUGGGAAAGGCUUCAUCGUGAAUAGCGGACUGAUGUUACAUCAGCGAACUCACACUGGAGAGAAGCCCUAUACAUGCAAUAAAUGUGGAAAAGGGUUUGCCUUUAAGAGCAAUCUUGUGGUACAUCAGCGAACUCAUACUGGAGAGAAACCCUUUACAUGCAAUGAGUGUGGAAAAGGCUUCACGAUGAAACGCUAUCUCAUCAUACACCAGCAAAUUCACAUGGGAGAGAAGUCCUAUAUAUGCAGUGAAUGUGGAAAAGGUUUUGUCAUGGAAACAGAGCUCAUUUUACAUCAGCAAAUUCAUACUGGAGAGAAACCUUAUGCCUGCAAUGAAUGUGGCAGAGGCUUCACUGUGAAAAGCCGUCUAGUCGUUCAUCAGCGAACUCAUACAGGAGAGAAACCUUUUGUAUGCGGUGAAUGUGGAAAAGGCUUCUCCUCAAAGAGGAAUCUCAUUGUACAUCAGAGAACUCAUAAUGGAAACAAAUCUUAACAAAGCAAUGAAUAUAGUCACACCUACAGGAAGAAAAUAUGCCUUGUCCAACAUCAGAGGGUUUCACGCAGGAUAAACUACCUUUAUAUGUACUGACUGUGGAAAAUCCUAUUCAUAAUUGGUAUUGGUCUCAUUACCCACCAGAAAAUUUACACAGGAGACAAAUUGUAUGUAUGCAAUUAAUGUGAGAAAGCCUUCAACACAAAUUCAGUACCCGUUGUACAUCAGAGAACUCAUAAAAGAGAGAGACUCUGUGGAUUCAGCAAUUGGGGGUAACCUUUCUCUCAUUUGUCAAGCCUUGUUAAUACACACGAGAAACGUAUAGGUCAAGGUACAUAAUCCUUUGCAGUGGCUCUGAACUCAUUAUAUAUAAGUGAACUUGUUCAGGGUACAAACCAUGAUAGUUCAGUGAACUCAUUAAACAUCAGUGUGCUCUACUUGACUGUCGUCAGUGUAGAUUAGCCUGUUGCUAGAUUUCACCCUUGGGAAACUAUGGAAUUUGCAUAGGAGUGAAAUUUAAUGAAUGCAGAGAAUGUGCUAGUGCCUUCAGUGAUAAGUUACCUCACACUAUAUGUCUAAAUUAACAUGUAGGAAAAAGCUCUGAUACAUACAAUGCAGAAAAGGCUUCAGGAAACGUUUCUAGGUAAUUAUAUGUCUGAAAAGUAUAUACUAAGAUAAAUCUUAUGAAUGGAGAGACUAGGAAAGCCUUCUGUGGGAAUAAAAACCCUAUCUCAUCAGUGAUCACAACAGAUCACCAGUGAGCUCAUUCAUAGUAGCAAUAUGAUGAUCGUAGAAAUAAAACCUCAAUAGUUGCCUCAUAUGCAUGCUGGAGAAAAAUUUUCAGAUGACAAUGAACAUGGCAGGAUUUCGGUGAUACAUUCUGCCUCAUCGCUUCUCAUGAAUUCAUACAGAAAUAGAAUAGUUUAUGAACCCACUAAAUGUGGAGUAACUUUAGCAAAAUAUCAGAGAACACUGAAGGAAAAAAGCCUCAUGAAAAUGACGUAUAUUUGAGUUUUCUCUCAGAAAUCUAAACUUAUUGUACACCUGAUGUCCAUUUUGGGACACAAUACCUUGAACCAUAUUAUCAAUAAUUCCAUAAUUUUAAAGUGGGCUCUUCUGAACACAAGCCCACCUUGUGUUUAGGGUUUUAAUGUUAUAUACAUUAAAUUUUAAUGUUAUAUACAAUGCAGGAGUGUUCUGUGCCCACCUCAUAUCAUUAUAUGAUUUGCUCUUGCAUUUCUUAGGCUCUAAAUUCAUCUCUUUCAGUCUGUGUAUUUCAAAAGGAAAAGGAAUAUAUUCAUAUAUGUAAUUCAACAUGUUUGGAUGUAUUUAUCCAAGUUUAUAAGUAGCAUUAAGUAGUUUACAAAAACACCUUAAAAAUGAUUUUUCUAAAAUUUGUUUUGAAAUAGUUUUAGACUUACAAGAAAUUGCAAAAUAUACAAAGUUCCAGAAUACCCUUACUCAGCUUCUUCAGUGAUAUUAUCUUACAUAACCAUAAUACAUCAUCAAGACCAAUAAAAUGACAUUGGUACAAUACUGUUAAGUAAACUAUAGACCUUAUUUGGACUUCAAUAGUUUUUGCAUGCACUAAUUUUUAUGAGUUUUGUUUUGUUUUUUGAUAUAUAGAGUUCUAAGAAAUUUUAUCUCAUAUAUAGAUUUCUGUAAACCCCACCACAAUUGGGAUGUGGCAUUGUGCCAACACAACAUCCUCCUGCUACACUCUCCCCCAACCCUGACCCAUGCUGACCACUGAUCACACUCCAUCACUCCAACUUUGCUAUUUUAAGAAUUCUAUUAAAGUGGAAUCAUACAGUGUGUAUCCUUUGAGAUAGGCUUUAUUUCCCUCAGCAAAUUGUCCUUAAGAUCCAUCCAAUUUGUUGGGUGUAUAAAUAGUUUUACUUUUUGUUACUGACUAGAAAUCUUUUGUAUGGGUGUACCAUGGGUUUGUUUAUCUGUUCGCUGUUGACGGAUGUCUGGGUUGUUUCCGGUGUUUCACUGUUUUGAAUUAAAACCUAUGAACAUC